GGUGGUCACCGGUGCUCUCUCUGUCGUCGCGCGCGCGGAACACCUCGAGAGUCGCGCUCGUUCCACGCACAACACCUGCCGCUCACGAUCGCUCGCUCGUACACGCCGUUGUCCGUUCAUCCGUGACCGCUUUCGAGAAAGUGUCCGUCGCGAAUUACCGUCGUCGCCUGGUCGUCGAUCCCCGCGAAGGACAUCGAUCGAUCAGACUUUCGGGGUAAGGAGAGACCGAGCCUAACAGGACCAUGGACGGCAAGAACGCGUCGGUCGAUCCGACACUAGUUCGCGCGGCAGAAUGAGACUGACCGACACGCGAAGAAACAGGAAGUAUCCCCGGCAUCGGUCAAAGUUGAACGCGGCAACAUGCUGCUGCCGCAGGACAUGAUGGCAGCCCAGUCGAAGAUGCUGUAUCAGAUGAACAAGUACUACGGCGAACGGGUGCAGGCCCGAAUGGGCCAGGUACAGAAAACCAUUAGGGAGGUGUGCAAGGUGGUGCAGGACGUGCUGAAGGAGGUCGAGGUUCAGGAACCUCGGUUCAUCUCGUCGUUGACCGAGUGCAACGGCCGCUACGAGGGCCUCGAGGUGAUCUCGCCGGGCGAAUUCGAGGUGGUCCUCUACCUGAACCAGAUGGGAGUGUUCAACUUCGUCGACGACGGCACCCUGCCGGGCUGCGCCGUGCUGAAGCUCAGCGACGGACGCAAGAGGUCCAUGUCGCUUUGGGUCGAAUUCAUCACCGCCUCCGGUUACCUGUCCGCCAGGAAGAUCCGCUCGAGAUUUCAGACCCUGGUGGCACAGGCCUGCGACAAGUGCGCCUACAGGGACUCGGUGAAGAUGAUAGCCGACACCACCGAAGUGAAACUUCGCAUCAGAGAGCGAUACGUGGUGCAGAUCACUCCAGCCUUCAAGUGUUCGGGCGUGUGGCCCAGAUCGGCGGCCCAUUGGCCAAUUCCGCAUAUACCUUGGCCACAUCCUAAUCUGGUAGCCGAAGUCAAAACGGAAGGAUUCGAUUUGUUGUCCAAGGAGAGCGUGGCUCUUCAGGGGAAACAGUCCGCGAUGGAAGGCGACGCUUGGGUUCUGUCCUUCACGGAAGCGGAAACGAGAUUGCUUCAGGGUGGCUGUCGCAGACGGUGCUUGAGCAUAUUGAAAACUCUGAGGGACAGACACCUCGAUCUUCCCGGAAAUCCGGUGACCAGCUACCACAUGAAGACGUUGCUGCUCUACGAAUGCGAGAAGCAUCCCCUGGAGACCGAGUGGGACGAGGGCUGUCUGGCUGACCGUAUCAACGGUAUCUUUCUGCAGCUGAUAUCCUGUCUUCAGUGUCGAAGAUGUCCACAUUAUUUCUUACCCAAUUUGGAUUUGUUCAAAGGGAAAUCACCCAGCGGCCUGGAAAACGCGGCGAAACAAGUCUGGAGACUUACUAGAGAAUUGUUGACUAACAGUCGCGCUCUAGAGAAGCUUUAGCGGUAUUUUUUCGGGGAGAAAGGAUUCGGUGACUCGCGGGAAUCACGUUUUCAGAAUAUCGCUUUCUUUACCCGCUUUUUAUCCUCGCUUUCCAACUUGGGAAGUCCACUUUUAACUCGUUACUUUUCUCAACACGCGCUUCAACAUAUGGGGAUAUGGGGAUGGUGUAACGAACCUCGUAAACCAUAACUAUCUUUUUACCUUUUUUGUCUUUUUUUCCACGGGAAUAACAAAAGUCAGACUUUCAUCGUUGGUGCAGCGACAGAUUCCGGUGCUAUUUCGUACUGUCAAAAAACGAAAGUAAUUGUUGCUAGGUUUUAUUUUAGUCUUAUUUCGAUCGUUCCAAUCAGAACGUUAAAUUGAAUGAAUUUAAUAGAUUAUUUCUCGACGUUCACCGAAUCACCAAGAGUGCGCACUUUUGCAAAUAUUAUUACCGUGUUUUUUAUACAAUCGAAAAGCUUUCGCUUAUAGCGGAAUCUUGUGCUUACUAACGCAGAUUAGACGGUGCUCGCGCACCGAGUUACCUGUAACGAGCGUUAAAAUAUAUGAACGAUUAAUUAACUACUUCGUUAGCUGCUCUCACCCAUUUAAUAGCUCGUGUGAAUCGUCGUGUGAUCCGUUGUCGUUAAUUAAUCUAAUGUUUAUAAUCGGUUAGCGGCGUGCUACCGGCGGCAGUACCUAUACGUAUUGUUGUAUGUACAUACUUUUUUAUAUUAUUUAAACAAUAUUUAUUUUUAUUCGAAUCAUUGUUCGAACAUACACACACGAUGUAAAUAAUUA